AUGGUGUAUGAAGAACAAGCAGCUUUUAUUCCCGGUAGAUCCAUUUCUGAGCUUUGUCUUUUGGCUCAGGAGAUUUUCCAUAAGUUCAAGUUAUCCAAGAAUAAGAAGGGAUUGAUGGCUCUUAAAUUGGAUAUGGAACAGGCAUAUGAUAGUAUGGGCUGGUCAACACUUCAUCAGGUUCUUAAGUGGGGGAAGAAUCUUGGUAUUCGGAUUUCACCUAGAGGUCCAAGAAUCUCGUAUCUUCUUUAUGCAGAUGAUGUAUUGAUUUUGUCUCAUGUUUCUAUUACUUCAGCCAAAGAAUUGAAGAAUAUUGUGGAGGAGUUUUGCAAGUGGACAGGACAAAGAGUCAAUAUCAACAAAUCACAAAUUUUAUUUGGCAAGAUGGUGAGCUACCCUUUAAAGAAGAAGAUUACCAGAAUCAUUGGUUUUAAGGAGGUCAAGGAGAUGAAGUAUUUAGGGGUCAAGAUCUCACUUAGAAGAAGCAAAGUGGUGGAUUUUCAAGAACUCUUGAGUAUGGUCAUGGACGAACUCAAUUCUUGGGGUAAGAAGUAUUUAUCAAUGGGAGGUAUGCAGUAUGUUGCUUGGAGUGAAAUUUGCAAGCCGAGAAGUAUGGGUGGGUUGGGUUUGCAAUCUCCUUUAUUGAGAAUUGUCUCUUUGAGAUCUAGAUUGGAUUGGAGCUUCAUUCAAAAACAGGACUCUUUGUUACACCAAACUCUGAAAGAAAUAUAUGGAGAUGAGAUUAUGAAGGAUGAUCAGAAGUUAAUCACGUCUACUGCUUGGAAGAUAUUGCUGGAUGGGGGCAAAAAUUUGAAGAAUGUUAUUAGAUGGAAGUUGCUGGAUAAAAGCAUCAUACGAUGGCCAACUUAUGUGGACUGUAAUGUGCUGGAAGGAAUGUUUGUUCAGCAGCUUUUGACUUCUAAUGGUGGUUGGAAUUUUGAACUGCUUCGUAGGGCCUUUCAUUCAGAGCUAAUUUUGUUGAUUGUUCAAGUCCGAACCAAGGAUGUGGAGGAGGAUAAUAUAGAGUUGCUGAAGUGGUGUUCAGGGAAAACAGUCUCUGCACUAGUUUAUGAACAAAUGCUGAAUGACAGAUAUAAUGUUGAUGACGUAGAAUACUUCAAAUGGCUGCGGAAGCUCAAACUAAGUAAGAAGGUUGAAAUUUUUUGGUGGAGGCUAGGCAAGGCUGCAAUUCCAACUAACCUAUUUCUUAGGAACCAUAGAAUCUCUUUGAUGGAUAGCUGUGAUAGAGGAUGCCAAGCGGUGGAAUCUUACGAACAUAUUAUGGUUCAUUGUAAGUAUAUGGUGGUGAUCAUCAAGAAGGUACGAGAAUGGGGUAUUAUGAUCCCUGUUUUUAACUCUUUGGAGAAAUGUCUUUAUGAACUUAAAAGGCUUUCAACGUCUAAUUCUGGAAUUGCAAAGUUGUAUUGCUCGGUCAUUUAUCUAUCUUGGAAGAACAUAAACUAUGUGAUGCAUGGUAAGGAGGCAUUGCCUGCGUCCUUGGUUGCUUCCAAUGCAUUAUUUUUAGUUGUUUCCAAGUCUAGUCCUUAUCUUUCUAGCUGGGGUACUAACCUCCUUAGGGAGUCUUCAAACACUUGGUGCCCUCCACCGAAAGAAUGGAUUAAGAUCAACCUAGAUGCUUCUUUACUUACUUCUAAUCCUGGAGGUAUUGGUGGGGUCUUCGAGAUCAUAAAGGAUGUCUUAUUUGUGCAUUUGGCAAGAAGAAGAUUCAUUGGGAUGUGGCACAACUUGAAAUGGAAGCAAUCAUUAGGGUGA